CAGGGAAGGAAAUAAUUAGUGGGGCAAUCUCCAUAGGUGUAUUAUUUUGGUGUUUUGCUCUAAAAAAUGGCGUGGAAUUUUUGCUCUUAGAGAACACCAAUUCAAUGAAGAGCUCGAAACUUUUAUUCUUAAAAAGAAAAAGGGAUAAUUGCGGUAAAAAUAUUUAAAAACUUAAGAUUGAUCAGAUUAGUCUCUAAUUUCGAAAAUUGGGGCUAAUAAUAUUUAAGGUUACUAUUUUCGUUGCUCGGUUAAUCUCUCUUUUUGACUUAUCCAUUAAUUUCAUUCCUCAGUUUAUUUGUUGAAGGGUCUAGUAACUCUUUGUGGGUAGCCAUGCUACUUUGAAUUAGUUUGGUCUCUUCUUCUUUUCCUUUUGUCAAGGGAUCUUGCUCAAGAUGAUGUUUACCUCUUAGUCACUAUAGACUAGAAGUAUGAGAGCAGACUAAUAUUGGAUGGGGCUAGCCAGAGUAAGAAUAGGUGACCAGCCACAUUGAGGCAUUGUCUGGCCAUUUGGAGGAGGCUAUAGUCGGCCAAUUUGUUGACUCUAUGGCUAGCCAACUUACCAAUUGUGAUAUAAUUGUGAUAUUUCAGUUGACCCCUUUAAACCCCUUUGCAUGUAUGAACUCCGAGGAAAGUGCAACAAUGAUGAAUGUCCUUGGCAGCAUGUCAUGGACAAGUGUAGUGAAAUUAUAUCUCACGAUCAGAAUAAUGAUUCUGAUACUGAUGCAAAAGUUCCCAAGUACUAUGAUGUUAUGAUGUCCCCAACAUAUCUAGUUGGCUUAGAUACCCUGAAAGCUGAUCUGAACUCAUACCAAUCUGUUUUAGCAUGGAGAAAUAGUCAUUGCUGGCAGAAAUGUUUCAGUUUAUCCUUAACAUUAUCAAGUUUGUUGUCAAAUGGUUUGCCUGCACAUGGGCCUCUCGCACAUGGUAGUGAUGGCCGCAUAGAAGUCUGUGGAAGCUGGAGUAGGCAAUCGUCAUAUAUUCUGAGUAGAACUAGCAGAAUGAGUGAACACAAACAGUAUUUGACUGAUAAUGAGCAAGCCCUGGAAACGGCUAUUUUAAUUUUCAAUCAGGAGGUAGACAAAUUUGAAGCUGUGAAAGAGGCUCUUCACAUUAUAUCUCGGGCUCUGGAGGCUGAUCCAAGAUCUAUAUCUCUCUGGAUAUUCCAUUUUCUUAUUUACUAUAGUAGUGUGAAGUCUACUGGGAAUGAUGACCUGUUCUCUUAUGCGGUCAAAUACAAUCAAGGAUCUUAUGAACUCUGGCUUAUGUAUAUCAACAGCUGCACACAUAUUGAUGAUCGGUUAAGUAAAUAUUAUGCAGCACUCUCUGCUCUUUGCUUCCAUAGUACUGCAUCUGACUGGGAUAGAUUGCAUGCUAGUGCUUGCAUCUUAGAUCUGUUUUUACAAAUGGUGGAUUGCUUGUGCAUGUCUGGGAAUGUUGAAAAGGCUAUCCAGAAGAUCUUUGAACUCCUUGCUGUUGACAGUAAUUCUGAUGAACCUGCCGUCCUGCUCUCUGAUAUACAUGCACGCCUGACAGUUUCUGAUAAAUUCAUAUUCUGGAUUUCUUGUGUUUACUUGGUUAUUUAUAGGAAAUUACCAGAUGCCGUGGUCCAGCAAUUUGAAUGUGAGAAACAGGCCUCAGAAAUUGAGUGGCCUUCCAUUAUUUUACUAGAUGAUGAGAAGCAGAGGGCUGUUAAGUUGAUAGAAAAAGGAAUGCUUUCUAUUGAUUCAUUGAUGAAAACUGAAUUACUUAAAGAUGAUAUUAAUCUGACCUCAGCACAUUUUUUUGCUGUCAAUCAUAUUAGGUGCAUGGUUGCUCUAGACAAUUUGGAAUGUAGUAGAAAUUUGUUGGAUAAAUAUCUUGGACUAUUUCCAUCAUGCUUGGAACUUGUUUUAAUACGAGCACAUGAAAAGGAUUUCGGGGAUCUUAGUUUCUCGGGCUUUGAGGAAAUCCUUGGUAGCUGGCCAAAAGAAGUCCCAGGAAUUCAGUGUAUUUGGAAUCAGUAUGCACAAUGUGCUGUCCAAAGUAAAGGAUAUGAAUGUGGGAAGGUACUCAUGGACCGGUGGUUUCAUUCGGUUUGGAAAGUUCAUGAUCUGCAGAAUGGUAUGAAUAGUGAGAAUAUAGAAUUAGCUUCGGAUUCAAUCUUGGAAUCUCUUCCUAAUCUAAGUCCAAUUGAUGUGAUGUUUGGAUUUCUUAAUCUCUCUCUUUAUAAGCUAAUGCAAAAUGAUCGUCUUGGAGCUAGCAUAGCUGUUGAAAAGGCAUUAAAAGCUUCUAUUCCUAAAUAUUUCAAGUACUGCAUUGGAGAACAUGCCAUGUUUUUGCUCACUGGUGAAUUGCUAUUGAAAGAGAAUGCUUCUGUCAGUGGUGUGCUGAACAUUUUGGAGCGGUACAUAGGUAAUUCAUUACCUUUCUCUGUCCCUGAGCCUUUGCCUAGAAAAUUUAUCAAAAACACCAAGAAACCUAGAGUGCGACAGCUUAUGAGCAACAUAUUCAGUCCAGUUUCGUCUGAUUUCUCUCUUGUAAACUUGGUUCUUGAACUCUGGUAUGGGCCAACUUUUCUACUUGAAUUAUUGUGUAAGCCAAAGCUUUUGGUGGAUUUUGUUGAAGGCAUUCUGGACAUAUCUCCAUCCAACUAUGAAUUAGCUAUGUCUGUUUGUAGACAUUUGAGCAGCAGUCCCAACAGCUCUACUGAUCGUACUCCGACCAGUAUAUUGUUCUGGGCAAGCUCAAACUUAGUUAGUGCAAUUUUGCAUGCUGUCCCGAUUCCUCCAGAGCAUGUAUGGGUUGAAGCUGCUCGCAUCUUGGGUAAUGUAAUGGGUGUCAACACCAUAUCUCAGAGAUUUUACGGAAGAGCAUUGGUGGUAUAUCCAUUUUCUGUAAAGUUGUGGAAGUCCUACCAGACCCUUUACACGGAUAUAGAGAUGAAAAAGAGUAUUGCAGAAGAAGCCAAAGCAAAGGGUUUAGACCUUUGCUAACUUUGUUUAUGACUUCAAUUGGAUUAGAAAAUUGGGUAAUGAGUAUUGCAUUUGCAUUUGCUUCAAUUGGAUGUUUCAUUGAUAAACAUCCCUGGAAAGCACACCCUCGGCAAGGGAUGUUUUGUUUUGGUUACUAUUUUUGCUGACACAGGUUAGUGGACCUUCCUUGGACCUUUUUAUGUUUUUGAAUUUAGGAACUACGUACAAAGCUGCUUGUACAGGAUAGAAACACAAUCAAAAAUAGGUUGUAGCUUUUACCAGCUUGGCAUUAGCCAUUCCCUUAAUUUUUACCACUUUUGAUUUUUGUUUUUUGUCACCAUUCAUAUUAGACACUUAUUUUUGUACCUAUUGUGCUACUUUCCAGUUAUAUGUUUAUCAAUAUACUAGCAAAAAAAAAGGUACGUGAUGCACGUAUACUAAAUUUUAUGCUAGGUUUUUUCUAUGUUAUUUGAAAGUAAUACGAUUAAAAAUUAAAGAAAAAAUAUUAUUAGGUGAGAUUAUUAUUAUGUGUAUCUAAAUAUUAUAGUUUAUAAUGUUGUCAAUUAAAAGUGAAUACCGAAUGCAAUAUAUUAGUGUUUAAGAAAGCUUAAUGAUUUAAAUCUGUUCUUAAGUUAAUCUAAAAAUAAAUUAAAAAUUGAUGUUCCAAUACUUAAAGAAAAAUUACUUAAAUGGGUGUAAGAUAAAAAGAAAAUUAAAAAUCAAUCUCUAAAUUGUUGAUAAUUGAAGAUAGCAUUAGUCUAAAAAUUGUAGAUAAGAAAACUAAUGAUAGUCAUUGGUGGAUUUCAAUCUUCAUUUUCUUCGAUAGAGACAAUAGUGUAAUUUUUAUAUUUUGCACUUUUCAUUCUAGCCGGGUCCGCAUAUAUCUGGAUCAUCUAUUUUUUCUUUGAUAAAUUGAAUAUAGUAGUGUCGACAAAGCGACGGUGUUCUUGCAAACAGUGAUGUAUUUUCAUUUAAGAUGGUUAGACAUGGUGUGCAUAAUUUAUUUAAUUAAAAAAUCAACUUAUGAAAGACAUGUAAAACUAUUUUAUUUUUUAAAAACUAUACCUCUGCAGUAUAUUUCAUUAGUUUGGCAGUACAUGAAAAUAUUUUUUCCACAAUAUUUGCGAACAUGAUAGCAGAUAGGCUCUUUGUAUUGUCAUCAAGUUCAACAUAUGCUAUAGCACUGUAAAAUGCAUAAUAAGAUUGUGAGUAUGUUUUUAAUUUUAACUUAAUUUCAAUAACAUCAUAAGUUUUUUGUAAUAUACUGUGGUGUAGAAAAUCCUUCUUGGCCGUUGGCUUGUCACAUAUGAUUUUUUCAUUGCGAUUGUAUAAAUCUAUUUUUUUAUGUCAUGCGUCACAUGACAUGUAAUAAAAAUUCUGGAGAGUAUCAGUUAUUUUUAUUGACGCCUUAAUCCAAAAAUAUUUUUUCUACAUCCAAAUCAAAUGUUGUUAAUAAUAGUAAGAUAUUGAAACAAAAGUUUUAUAAAGUAAAUAUUGUAGUAUUUUUUACCUCAUUCAGUUGCAGAUUUUUCGUCAACUCUGAAAUUUGGAUGUUAGUCACUAUUUCGUGUAAUCCAACAAAAGAUUUUGGAGAAGAUUCAUAUGUCAAGCAGUUUGCUAUUGCGUUUUUAAUUUCUGUUUCGUUACUCUCCGCCCUUAAAAUAAAUGCUUCUGCCUCGGGGAGUUGAGGAUUGAUUUUGAAGGUACUCGUGUCGCGUGACGAUAGAGACAGCCCUAAAUCAAAAUGUAUGUGUUAAUUGAAUUUUUGAAUUUUUGCUUUUUGUUCUUGAGUUCACUGUCCAUGUAUAUUUGUAGUCUCUCUUUUUAUCGAAAGGCAGGGCUGUUUUUUUGACAUAGGCGUUGCUGAUGUAGUAAGUGUGGAAUACUUCCAAAGUAUUUUCUCUAGCGUCAAUUUCAGUGCCAAAUAUUACUGCUUCAACAUUAUUACCCUGUGUUCAUUUUUAAGGAAAAAAAAUAUAUUUAUGAAAUAAUAAUCUGUUGCAGCGCGUUUAUAGUCAGAAUUCGAAAAAUAUAGCAUUUAUAGUAGAGUGUUGACAAUUUCAACGGUAAAUAAACUGAUUGUAUACUUUUUUAUCUACUAACAUAUGCUUUUGAUAUUUGAGUGGUGAACUCUUACUUGUCCGCUUUCUAGAUUUUUCUAACACUCUCAUAUAUAGCUUAUAUUAACCUGUUAUUAAUUAAUUAAGUGUAAGAAUUUUCUCUGAUCAUAAUCAUUAAAUAUAGGCCUCUUCGGCAAUCAUUUUGCUUUUUGUUUUUUUUUUUAAAUUUUACUUAACAAAAUCUUGUAGUUUCUUUAUGGUUUUUAAUUAAUUAAUCAAAAAAUUGAUUUUUUAAUAAUUACCGAACAACACCUAUAUUUAUAACACCUCUUUUUCUCUAAGUUACUUAAUUUAAGAGAAAAAUUAAUAUUAAUUUGAAUCAAAUCAAGGAAUAUAUGUGUUUAUACAUAAUAUGAUGAUUAGUCUAUUCAUGAGGCGUAGUACUGGUAUUAUUUUUCUGGAACAUAUAUCUUUGGCCACCGAGAUUGACCGAUCAUGUGUAUCUAUUUGAAAUCAUAAAAAGUAAUUAAUUAUUUCUACGAUCAUAAUAAUAUAACAAUUGAACCUAAACCUAAAAUCAAAUUUAAAAUCUUACCUUGCUCGUUGUAGGCUAUGGAGGUGACGGUGGAGGCUGAAGAACGACUUCGUGUGGUGGCGUAGAAUAGAGAAAGCUCGAGCUUCGGUGGUCGAUGGUAGUGACUCUCGAAUAAUUAGCAUCAAAUAUCAGUUCAAAUAUUAAUGGAAUUUGUUUUAUUUUUAUUUUAUUAUUUUAUUAUAUAUAAAUAAUAUUUUAUUAUUUUAUUAAAUAUAAAUAAAAAGUCACCCAUGAAUUUCUCAUAAAUCAAGAAUUCAGUUAUAUAGGUACACUUUAUAUAGAAUAGAUGUUGAGUAAUUGUAAUUACAUAGACUAUUGUACUACUUUCCAGUUAUAUGUUUAUCAAUAUAUGUAGAGUAAUUGUAAUUACAUAGACUAUUGUACUUGUUGGCUCUUAUACAUGAAAUGAAUUUGGAAUAGUUCCUUCC